AAAAUAUUCAACCCGAUCGAAUACAAUUUUGACGUCCGCAAGGACAACACAAACACUCUCUUUCUUUCUCUCUCUAAAAACAUUUCUCUCUUUCUUUCUUUCUCCCUCUCGGCUUUCUCUCUCUGGAUACAGCGAAGAAGAACAGGGCACAUACUGAGACAAGGAAAAAAUAUUAAGUGGAAUAAAAAAAAAAUAAAGUUAAGAAAAGAAGAAAGAAGCAGAAGAUUUGAUUGAAGAGAAGAGCAAAGAGCCAAAAGAAGUUUUUUUUUUUCUUUUUCCUUCUGUGGUGAAGUGGGAUACAAAGAUAUUUCAUUGCUUCAGUUCAUUGAAGCAAGAAAUAAAAGAAUUUGAAGAGAAAGAGAGUUAAAGAAAUUUGGGCUUUUUUGGGUAUGUUUUAAUUGAAAUCAAAGCUUUGGAGAUUUGGGAGACUCUCUUUUAUUUCCUUCUCUUGUUUCUCUCUUGACUGUAACUGUGGGAAUUUUUUUAACUCUGUGGAUCUGAAAAUUCUUGCUCUAUUUUAUAAGGAUUCAUGCGAAAGCCAUUCGAGUGUUGCUUGUCUUGGGGAGACGGUGCAAUUUUAGAAUGCUCAGAAUCAGAGGUCCUUCCUGGGCUUUGGUUUUCUUUGGUUUUGGCCUCUGGUAUUGUAGAACAGAAAGCUAUAUGCUCAGGCGCAGAACUUUCCCCGUCUUAUUUCUGCUCAAUGAGGAGUAUGAAGCUGAUUGCAGCCAAGUCAGGGAUAAACUGCUGAUUGCCUUGGGCUCUACCACUGUCUUUCUGUGUUUUGUCUCUUAAUUGUCGUUUAUUUAAUUGAAUUCAUGUUGUUUUAGAUAGUUGUUGCAGUUUUGUGAGUGAGUGUUAGAUAGUGAUUCUUGAAACAUGGUACCAUCUGGGCCUCCUACUCCUAUAGGUGGUGCGCAGUCUGUUCCGCCUUCUAUUCUGCGGUCAAAUUCAGGGACGUUAGGAGCCCAAGGUGGUGGUCUGGCUUCUCAAACUGGAUUCACUUCGUUAGUGUCGCCCCGUGCUCAGUUUAAUAAUAUGAAUAUGCUUGGAAAUGUGCCCAAUGUGUCUUCCCUUCUAAAUCAGUCUUUUGGAAAUGGGGGUCCAAACCCUCAGCUGUCUGGUCCUGGAAGUAGCCAGCGUGGAGGCAUGGACUCUGGGGCCGAAUCUGAUCCACUUUCAAAUGUAGGCAAUGGGAUGGGGUUUAAUGCUCCCUCAUCAUCCUUUGUGCCAUCAAACAUGGCAAACCCUGGUUCAUCUGGUCAAGUUCAGGGUCAGCAAUUUUCAAACCUUUCUGGUAACCAUAUGCUAUCAGAUCAACAGCAGUCCCAACAACUCGAGUCGCAACAUUUCCAACAUGGUCAACAAGCAAUGCAACAGUUCUCUACCCCUCACAACACCCACCAAGGGCAGCAGCAACAACAGUUUCAAUCUAUUAGAGGGGGGUUGCCUGGUGUUGGGGCUGUCAAAUUGGAGCCACAAGUGACUAAUGAUCAGCAUGGCCAGCAGCAACCACAACAGCCACAGCAGUUGCAAUCGCUGAGGAAUCUUGCUCCAGUGAAACCGGAACCACAACAAAUUCCAAAUAUGAGAACUUUGGCACAGGUAAAAAUGGAACCCCAACAUUCGGAUCAGUCAUUGUUUUUGCAUCAACAACAGCAGCAGCAGCAACAGCAACAGCAACAGCAGCAGCAGCAGCAGCAGCAGUUCCUCCACAUGUCACGGCAGCCCUCUCAAGCUGCUGCUGCCCAAAUUAAUCUUUUGCACCAACAAAGACUCUUGCAGUUACAACAACACCAACAACACCAGCAACAGCAACUUUUGAAAGCAAUGCCUCAGCAGAGAUCACAAUUACCGCAGCAGUUUCAACCGCAGAAUUUGUCAUUGAGAACUCCUGUGAAACCAGUGUAUGAGCUUGGGAUGUGUGCCAGGCGUUUGACACAUUACAUGUAUCAGCAACAACAUAGACCUGAAGACAACAAUAUUGAAUUUUGGAGAAAAUUUGUUGCUGAGUACUUUGCUCCAAAUGCCAAAAAGAAGUGGUGUGUUUCUAUGUAUGGAAGUGGCCGCCAAACUACAGGUGUUUUCCCUCAGGAUGUAUGGCACUGUGAAAUAUGCAAUCGCAAGCCAGGCCGUGGUUUUGAGGCGACUGUCGAGGUUCUCCCUAGGCUUUUCAAAAUUAAAUACGAAAGUGGUACUAUGGAAGAACUUCUUUAUGUUGAUAUGCCCCGUGAGUAUCAUAAUUCAUCCGGUCAAAUUGUCCUGGACUAUGCAAAAGCAAUACAAGAAAGUGUUUUUGAUCAACUCCGUGUUGUUCGUGAUGGUCAGCUUCGGAUAGUUUUCUCACCAGAUCUGAAGAUAUGUUCUUGGGAAUUUUGUGCUCGGCGUCAUGAAGAACUUAUCCCUAGAAGAUUGUUGAUACCUCAGGUUAGUCAGCUUGGGGUCGCAGCUCAAAAGUAUCAAGCAGCAACUCAAAAUGCAUCAUCAAAUUUAUCUGCUCCAGAGUUGCAGAAUAACUGUAACUUGUUUGUAGCAUCAGCUCGGCAAUUGGCAAAAGCCUUGGAAGUGCCAUUGGUAAAUGAUUUGGGUUAUACAAAGAGAUAUGUUCGUUGUCUUCAGAUAUCUGAAGUUGUUAAUAGUAUGAAGGACUUGAUUGAUUACAGUAGAGAAACGAGGACUGGACCCAUGGAGAGUUUGGCUAAGUUUCCACGACGAACAAGUACUUCAUCUGGUUUUAAUGCUCAAGCUCAACAGUCUGAGGAACAGCUACAACAGCAACAGCAACAGCAUCAGCAGACACCGCAACAGCAGACGAAGGCUCAGAGCUCCAAUAGUGACCAAAGUUCUGCCCAGGCCUCUGGGAUGCAGCUUGCUGCUAACAAUGGUGUGGCUAAUGUAAAUAGCUCUCUUAAUGCAGCAUCUGCAUCAACAUCUGCUGGCACCAUUGUUGGGCUUCUACACCAGAAUUCAAUGAACUCCAGGCAGCAGAAUUCUAUGAAUAAUGCAAGCAGUCCCUAUGGUGGAAAUUCUGUUCAGAUUUCUUCCCCUGGCUCCUCUAGUACAAUACCACAAGCACAAGCAAAUCCUUCUCCAUUUCAGUCACCAACACCUUCCUCAUCUAAUAAUCCUCCUCAAGCUCCUCAUGGUGCUUUGGCAGCUACUAGUCACAUGAGUUCUGCCAAUUCUCCUGUGAAUAUGCCCAUGCAGCAGCCAGCUCUUUCUGGUGAGGCUGACCCAAGUGAAUCGCAAAGCUCUGUUCAGAAAAUCAUUCAUGAAAUAAUGUCUGGCCAACUUAAUGGCACAGGUGGUAUGGUUGGUGCUGGCGCUCUAGGCAAUGAUGUGAAGAGUGUAAAUGGAAUGAUGCCAACAAGUAACAAUACAGUUCUUAAUGGUGGAAAUGGUUUGGUGGGGAAUGGAAGUGUCAACAAUAAUUCAGGUAUUGUUGGUGGCGGUUUUGGUACAAUGGGUGGUGGGCUUGGCCAAUCUGCGAUGGUCAAUGGAAUCAGAGCUGCAAUGGGUAAUAACCCUGUCAUGAAUGGAAGGGUAGGCAUGACAACGAUGGCUAGGGACCAAGGUAUGAAUCACCAACAGGAUUUGGGGAGCCAGUUACUUAGUGGGCUAGGAGCGGUUAACGGUUUUAAUAAUCUUCAAUUUGAUUGGAAACCUUCCCCAUGAAAGGAGGUCCAUCAGCUGAUGGUUAUUGGAUUAUAGCAGGCAGCUGCUUAUGCAGCAUGAGAAUGGCAGAAAUGCCUGUGGCCCUGGGCAGAUCAUGGUACACUAUAUGAUAGAUGAAGGGCUAGCGUCCCACUGUGUACUAAUUUCAGAAAAGUGAAACAUAUAGCAUAGUGUUUUAUCAAUGAAAUGUUAAAAAGCAUCUUUUAAGUUGCUCCAUUUCCGACUAA